UAUCCAGAUACUAGAGCUCCCACUCCCGCUUUCGCUCCCGCUCCCUCCGACAAUGCGCACUUCCACUCUGUUCAUCGUGGGCCUUUUACUGGCGAUGUGUUUGGUGGUGGUUCUGGGCGCCACCCAAAGGUGCAAGGGAAAGCCACCUACCCCAAAAUGCGAUGGAGUGAAGGAUCACGGAAACAACAGCAAACGGAAGUGCAAAAAGAAUGCCAACGGCGCCAUGUGGCACUAUAACGGACUAAACAAAACGUGCACUCAAAUGGACUACAAGGGGUGUGCGGGUAAUGCGAACCGGUGGUGCAACAAGCAGGCAUGCGAGACAGCAUGUCGAAGGUGAAUCUAGUCGAAGGUGCUGCUAAAAGCGUGAAUAAAUAAUUUAGUUUAAAAAUUAUACUUCAAAUAAUUAUAUUAUUUUGAGGCCGGAACUCUGUGGAGUUUCCUGGAGCUUUAAACAGUUCAAA